CAUCCAGAAACAUGGCGACCGGAUUUUUACGAAUCCUUUUUCUGGUGCAUAUAUUAUCACUCAUAAGUGUUUCAGUGCAUUCUUUCAGACCAGGAUCGAGGUCAAAAACUCUAAAUUUUCCUCACCAAGAAAUCAAUGAUGGAAUAAAAAGGAUAAGGCGGAGUGUCCCCUCUGAAAAUGCAGCGUCUUCUUCGCGGUCGCGGACGGCGAGACAAGCGGAGAGCUCAGCCGACGAGUCCUCGGGACAUGGUAUUCAAGUCACGAAGUUUGACCUGAAUGACCCUCACCCGGAGCUUAUAGUUCAUUGGGCGGGUAAAGGCAGUGAUGUCAUACUGUGUCUCACCCGUGACAUCACGCAAACCACCCAUUCAGCCAGCUACGUUUAUAUCUCAGAAGACUACGGGGCAACUUUCACGAACAAGUCCAGUACAAUGUUCAACACUUCGCCUAAUCAAAGACCAGUCUACGAUCGAUUUUACAGUAGUAAGGCUGAUGAAAGGAGGUAUUUGUUCACCGAUGUGGUCAACUCACUGGUCACCACCACCGAGGACUUUGGCAAUUCAUUCAGCACCUUCGACGUCCCGUUCAAACCGACGUCCAUCUAUACCCAUGCCGUCAAUCCUGACAUCGUCCUCGGAAUGGAUGAGAAUGACAAUCUCAAAAGGCUUUAUAUCUCCAUGAAUUUUGGAGGCACUUGGGGUCUGGUUGAGCAAGAUGUCAAGAGCUUCAGUUGGGGUGUUGAGCCGUGGGACAGGACGGAUACCAUCUAUGUUGAGAGAUUGGAGGUUGAUGGAACAAGCUCUGUCAGUAAAUCAGAUGAUUUCUAUGAGUCCAGAGAGGUUGUCAUCACUGGUAUAAAGGACUUUGAGGUCAGGGAUGACUAUCUCUUUGCAACGCGAGAGAAAGCUGGCACAGAGGAUGAAUUGGAGCUUUUGGUAUCUCACGAUAGAGGUUCUUUCAGGACGGCCCAGUUUCCUUUUACUGUUCCAAACAGGGAGUUCUACAUUGCCGAUGCAUCCGAGGAACAGGUCUUUGUCUGCGUGCAUCACCAGAACCUUCAGACCAAUCUCUACAUCUCUGAGGCUCGGGGAGUAGAAUUCGCUCUCUCACUCAUGAACAUCUCCUACUACAACCCUGAAGGUGUGGGCAAAGACACCUGGCUAAGCCGGUAUGCCGACGAACCCUUUGCAGACUUCCACAAGGUGGACGGACUGCGUGGGAUCUAUGCAGCCAAUGUCCUCCUGAACACCGACUCCUCGUCCUCCUACACUGCCGAGAACAUGGCUACGUAUGGUACCUUUGAUAAGGGUGGAGAGUGGUUCCCGGUCCCUGCUCCUUUGAAUGAUGUUGAUGGCAAUCCAUACAACUGCAACCCCUGGGAAGGAUGUUCUUUACAUCUCUCUCAGAGGUUCAGUCAGUUAGCUCCAGGAUCUCGCACCAUCCCAAUCCUCUCCAAGUCCUCAGCUCCUGGUCUGAUCCUUGCUACGGGUAAGGUCGGCAAGACACUUCUUGGAAACGAAACAAUGGGAUUCAACGUCUACCUCUCAGCAACGGCUGGGGCUUCGUGGUACGAGGUGUUGCGUGGCAAUCAUUUCUUUGCAUUUGGAGACCAUGGGGGUGUGGUUACAGCUGUAGAACAGAGAGGAGAUACAAAUGCUGUCAAAUACAGCGUGAAUGAAGGAGAGACCUGGCAUUCCGAGGCGUUCUCAGAAUCUAAGAUCUAUGUUUAUGGAUUGAUGACCGAGCCAGGCGAACAGACUCUAACCUUCACAGUCUUUGGAUCCGAGACUGAAACACACUCUUGGCUUAUAGUACAAAUCAACUUCAGAAAUGUCUUCUCUACCGUCUGUGGGGACGAUGAUUACAAGCAAUGGUGGCCCGGUGAAGAGUUCCCUGAACAUAGCUGUCUAUUAGGUAGGAAGACCAUCUAUGAGAGGAGACGCGUUCAUUCGGACUGCUUCAAUGGACGGGACUACGACAGACCAAUCUCUUCCGUCAACUGCUCCUGUGAUAGGGAUGAUUUCGAGUGUGACUUUGGUUUCAUGGAGAAUGAGGGUAACAGUUAUAUCUGUGAGAAGGAUCCCGAGGACGAGAGGGAUCCUACCCUUCAACCAGACCCCUGCCCAGAGGAUACAUUCUGGAGGAGGUCAAAGGGAUAUCGUAAAGUGGAAGGGGAUACCUGCAAAGGAGGUGAUGAGAAAUACUACGAGGCUGAUCAAGUGUCAUGUCCAGUUGCAGAGAGCACAGAGUUUAUUUUGUAUGCCGAACGCACAGAGAUUCACCGAUACUUCCUCAGCGAUGGCACCAAUGAACGACUGCCAAUUGACAACCUGCAACUAGCUACGGCCGUCGACUACGACGUCGACCAUGAUUGCUAUUACUAUGCAGAAGACACCUUCCAUGAAAUACAUAGAUUCUGUCCGGGACUAAUUGAAGACCAGGAUCGGAGCAUCGUCAGCGGCCAUCUUGAUAUGGUCGAAGGACUUGCCUUUGAUUGGCUUGCUGAUAAUCUUUACUGGGUGGACUCAGAAUCUGAUCACAUCGAGGUCGCACGCUAUGAUGGCCGCUUCAGACGCGUCCUUCCUAUAGAUGCUACGCUAGAUCAACCAAGAGCGAUUGCUCUGGACCCCAAGAGAGGAUACAUGUACUGGACUGACUGGGGGGAACAUCCCUACAUUGCCUCUGCUCACAUGGACGGCGAUAAUGUCACGAUGCUGAUCACUACAGGGGUCUACUGGCCGAACGGCUUGGCCAUCGAUGACCAAUCCAACCACAUCUUCUGGACCGACGCCCACUUUGACCGGAUCGAGUCGGCGUGGUUGGACGGCUCGCAUCGUGUAGUCUUACGCGACCAAGACACCCCGCAUCCUUUCUCCAUCGGCGUUUACAAGAACAAGAUAUACUGGGAUGACUGGUCACAGUUGAGUAUCCAGUCGGCCAAUAAGUAUAAUGGAGGUGACGUACAGACGGUGGUACGGAACAUGAGCAGUGCGAUGGAUCUUAAAAUCUUCCACAAUGCAUCGCAACAAGGUGUGAACCCGUGUUCUUCACACAACGGAGGCUGCACCCAUCUUUGUAUCGUGAAACCGGAUCCGGAAAACACUGAUGCGGUGACGAGGGUGUGUCUGUGUCCAGAUAACAUGAAGGUGGUGAUUACGCCUGAUGGGAGAGAGGAUUGCCAGUGUGAGGCGGGGGAGAAAUUGAAUGUGACGUCAGGAUAUUGUGUUACCCAGGGAGCUACUUGUGAGCCCGACCAGUUCCAGUGCUCCAACUCUGACCGAUGUAUUCCCAUCAUGUGGAAAUGUGAUCGUGAAAGUGACUGUACAGAUAAUUCAGAUGAACUCAAUUGUCCCUACUACACGUGUAAGGCAGGAGAGGAGUUUACCUGUAAGACCGGCUCCAGAUGUAUCCCAAACAAUUGGAUUUGCGAUCACUAUGACGACUGUGGCGAUGGUUCUGACGAAGAACACUGCGAAUGGGGUACAUGUGGUCCAGAUCAGUUCCAAUGUGAUAACAAGAGAUGUAUUCCAGAGAGCUAUGUAUGUGAUCUGGACAAUGACUGCUGGGAUAACUCAGAUGAAAGGGACUGUGAAAUUACAAAUAUACCGACGACGCGACCAGCUGGAUGCAGCGACAAUUACACCCAGUGUGAACCCGACGGUCGCUGCAUACCAUACACAUGGAUCUGCGAUGGCGACAACGAUUGCGGAAACAACUGGGAUGAACAAAACUGCAGCACAAGUAGCUGUAAUCAAUACCAGUUUACCUGUACAAAUGGUGGAUGUAUACCAUUUUACUGGAAGUGUGAUAACUACGAUGAUUGCGGUGACAAUAGUGAUGAGAUAGGUUGCCCAAGUACCACGAUGGCUCCGUGGACGACCUCAAACCCAUUUGAUUGUGAACCUGGCUAUUUCCAUUGCAUGGACGGAUCUGAGUGUAUACCUUACACCUGGAAGUGUGAUAAUUACCGGGAUUGCCCGGACGGCUCCGAUGAAUAUGAUUGUAUUUAUAACACCACUACCCCUCUCUACCCCGAUACGUGCGGUUGGGACAGCUUUGUGUGCAACAAUGGACAGUGUAUACCAAGAGAUUGGGAAUGCGAUAACUAUCAGGAUUGUUCAGAUAACAGCGAUGAGGAUCAUUGCGCAGCUACUACAAUGAUGCCAUUCACCACUGAUGAAACACCUCAAUGCGGGUUCUUGCGAGUUCCGUGUGGCCCAGGAGCCACGCCUCGCUGUGUCUGGCAGUGGCUCGUCUGCGACGGGGACAAUGAUUGUUCAGACGGGGAAGACGAGGCUCACUGUGCAAGUGCGAGGCCAACAACUACCAUUCCUGUACCGACUACAGUCGCCUACUGCUCACGAGGUUACUUCAAAUGUGACAACGGUCAGAAGUGCAUACCACGGUCAGAACGGUGCAAUGGGUAUUAUGACUGCUCUGAUCUCAGCGAUGAGAUGGGAUGUUCGACAACUGCUCCUACUGAACCACCAAAUAUAUGCGGCGUUGGUCAGAUCUUCUGUCAGUAUUUUGAGAAUUGUCUUGAUGGACUGAAGCAGUGCGACGGAAACGCAAACUGUUAUUUCGGUGACGAUGAAGUAGAUUGCAAUGGUACCUAUACAGUACAGCAAAUGGAUGUUGGAAUGGGACCCAACAUCACGUCUGCAACGGUACAAUACUCCCUUCCUCACGUACCAGCUCCGUUCCAAGUAUGGCUCUAUAAGAGGGAAGCUGAUCCCUUGGCUGAUCAAACGGGUCAUGACCUGCCAUUACCAAUCAUCCACAAGCUUCCGUUCCUGACCAGCGGAGGACGUCACUCACACACAUGGACUAAACUCAAAGCAGAGACAGACUAUGUAUUCACUGCCUCAAUUUACGUCGAUAGUACAGAGUUCAACAAACUUCCCUUGAUCUCGUACAGGACGCCAGCAGAUGCCAGGGUUAUUCCAAUACCAAGCAACGUUGACGCCGUCCUGAAAGUUGAGCAGACUUUGUUGAUCGUCAAUGUUACGUGGAAUUACAACAUGCCUGGGGCUUUGUUUGAGGUAUUUUACCGUGCGGAACAGUCAGAUGUUGUUGUAUCAGCAGGUCUGACAAAGAAGAAGUAUUUGGAGAUAUACCGCCUCGAAGAAGACAAAAUGUAUUAUGUGACGGUAUCUGCUAUGGUCGAUGGAGUGACCGGGAAUCGCAGCUCAGAAGUUUCAGUUUUUGUUGGCAGAGGUACCAUAGAGCAUCCCCCAACCAACCUGUCCAUUAGCAAUGUGAAAAAAGACAGUAUGGACCUUAGGUGGACAAGACCUGAUGAAAAAUCGGAGAUACAAAUAAAUGGUUAUAUGGUGUAUGCUACAGUGAGCUCAGAUGAAUUACCGAGAAGGAACAUUAUCAAUUCCACCAAGACUAGUAUUACUGUUCCCAAUCUGUGUCCCGGUCUCCCGUACGUCUUCGAGGUCGGUGCUUACAACAAUCUAGGGCGGGGUUCCCUCUCUUCACCCAAGGAAGGCAAGACGAUUGGCACUCCAUACACCAAACCACAGAACCUGACUGCUACGGUCUUAUCAAAGACAUCCAUCAAACUACAAUGGCUUGAACCUACUAGCAAGCCAGACGGCAAAGUGGGUUAUGAUAUUGCAUAUGCCCCAGGAACUCCGACUGAUUUCAGCACCCAUACCAGUGCGCUCUCCUACACUGUUACUGGUUUGCAGUCUGAUGUAACGUAUCAGUUUGCCGUCAGACUGGCAGUCACGUGUGAGAACGCACCUUUUGACAUUGUACGGGCAAUCACACAGUACGACGAUACGUUACCGCCCAAAGACUUGAAAGUGCAGCAUAGUGACUUCCAGUCCAUUACUGUGCAAUGGACCUCACCGAGAGAUUUCAUGCCUCGUCCAAUCGAAUAUAUUUUAUUCUACUGGAACACAUCACAACCUACAAAUCGCCACAAUAUCACGGUCGAUGCUACAUCAGAUAACACCAUCUCUAAAGAGGUAUCUAACCUAGUUCCUGGAGCCAACUAUUCCUUUGAGGUGCAAGCCAAUGUCCAGUCUGCUCGUCGCAGUGGACAAGCAGCCGCAACUACUAAACUUCCUUCCGUGCCAACUGAAUUCCUUGCUAUCUCAGAGAACGGUAUAAUCCAUGUAUACUGGGGACCUGCUGAAAAUACCUGGAAUAAAUCAUUGGGCUUUGCUGUUCGUAUUCAGAGAAUGGCAGAUUUGUUCCCAGGCCAGGACGAUAUCUCCUUGAUACCACCUGAAGCUCGACAGAAAGUGGAGAACGAUGCCUCUCUUUGGACUAUUAUCGGAGGAAUACAGCCUUAUCAUUAUGAGUUCUCAGCAGAUCUUAAGCCUGAUCUCUACGCAGUAACCGUCAGUGUUGAUCAGUAUAUGGGAUACUACGGUGAAGUGGCUACAAUGCAGAAAGCAAGCCAAGGAAAGGGUGCUCCACCUCCGCAUGCCAUUUCUAAAAACCAAGCUCUCUACGCCGGCAUUGCUGUCGGGGUUGUGGUCAUUGUCCUCGUCGUCAUCGUGGUCUACUUCGCUGUCCGACAUCGUCGACUACAGCAGAGCUUCAUGUCCUUCGCCAACAGUCACUACGAUACCAGGUCAGGAACUGCCACGUUUGCCACGAGUGAAGACGACGAUGGUGGAGACUUAGAAUUAUUAGCUGAGCUUCAAGGUUCGGACGAAGAUCAGCCGAUGAUUCGCGGUUUCUCCGACGAUGUGCCUCUUGUUAUUGCCUAAAACCUUCAACAGAAAUAACUCUGAAAAGAGAUUUAAUCAGGAUUUAAUUGUUUGAUUGAGAUGAAGUCAUUUGUGUAGAGUGUACAGAGAAGGGUUUGUUUACACUGCCUAAAUAGUCAUAUCCUCCCUGGGUCCAGAGCACUGUGUUUGACAAAAAGAGACUGAGAAUAUUGCACAGUAUGAACACUCUAUUCUUCACCAUAUUGCCUGGUAAUGGAUUUCUUCAGGUCAAUGUUCACAGACAGAUUAUGAAAUGCUUAUUGGUAGAAAUAUACUAUAAAUAAAGUACAUAAAACAUUUAACAUUACUGCGAUUCUAAUGAUGCACAAUUGAAAAUGAACAAAAGGGGUGCACAAUUGAAAAUGAACAAAAGGGCACUGUUUGCCACAAAUUGAAACAGAAAGAGAUAUAGUGCAAUUCGCUCAAGAAAUGUGGCUAAUUAGACAGUGUAUUUCAAGCUAAAAUAUUUUUCCUUCUUUUCUUUUGGAACACAGAUAUAUAUAUAUAUUUCUUGAUGAUUUUUUAAAGAUGAUGAAUCAGUACAUUCCUAAUUGAUUUAGUAAAAUAAAAGAUAAUUGUGAUUUUGUAUUGCUUUUUGCAGAUUUUCUUGUAUUGUUUUUUUUUGUCUUUUAACAAAUUCAUGUUAAUGUACUGAUUCCUGUGGUACUAGCAAAGAUCUUGAUGUUCUAUUUUUAGCCAAAUUUAAAAUAAAUGGAGCAAGUUGAGUACAUGUGAGUACUAUUGCAUAACAUAAAGUACUGGUUUAAGUAAUGUUCAGAAUCUUAAUUGAUUGUUACAAGUCGUGGUACUUAUUGAACUAUGGAAUAUCUCCUUAUGAUCGGGAAGAGAAAUGUGCUUUGUAUACAUAAAGGUCGUCAAAAAUAAUCAAACUUUUUCUUUUUUUCUGACCAUGCAUUUAUUCCAUGGGUCAUUGCAAUCCUUUUAAGCUUGAAUUGUACUGCAAAAGAAUGUAGAUCAAUAAUAAUUGUUUAUUGAUUUGUGUGAUUUAAUGUGAUUAAAAACAAGGCAUCAAUUCUAGCAUUAUUGAGCUAGUAAGAUAUAAACA